GUGCUGGUAAUACAUGUAGUAUGUAUUAUAACUUAUUUAUGUCUAACUUUAGCCCAGUAUGCAAUAAUACUAAAGUAAUUCUGCCUUAAGCUCCAUUAAGAUAUUUAGGAAUAAGCAAAUAAAAUAUAAAAAUGCCAGGUUGGUAUAAUAUAUUAUUUAUUAGCAAUGAAGAUAGAAUAAAAUAUAGUCCUUAUUA